GAGAGAAGGUAACUGUUACCGAAAGAGUGUCAGAUCAUGAAAGCCAGCUACCAGCUCGUGCACUUUACGUUUACACUGAAAUAACUUCAAACGCAGGCAGGUGGUUGCAUGAAUCUUUGUGGCGAAAACCCCAGGCAACAUUUUAUUUCAUCCAAGGAUAUUUCUCGUAACCCAGACAAAGGAAUUGAUAGAGUUGGAGCUUCCUUUUUUGCCAUUCUUCAUUGCGAGCACGUGUUGUGGAAGGAGGGCCAUAAACUAAAGGAUACCAAGCCAGGCAGCCUGAAAUAAACCCAAACCUUGAUUAUCUCUUUUGGAAUGAAUCUUCUCUUCUUAACUGGAUGAAAUGCCUUGACCUUACCCCCGCCGUACCAUGGCAGGUUUAGUGUCCUCUGUGGGUUUGGUGGUGAUGCUCAAGGCUCUCAUGCAUGCCCGUGGCCAGCGUGCAGUGUUUCUUGGGAUGACGGUGUUGGUAACAGUGAUCGCAGCUGACUCACCUGUUGCAGAUGAGUCUCUGUUGGACUCGACACACCACCCCAUUGGAUUUCUUGGACAUGUUCCAAGUUCAACAGGAUUCAAACCAUCAGCCUUACCAGCCUCACAUUAUACUGCCUUUAAGAGCCCUGACUUACCUGGUGCCCUGCCAUCCAUUUAUAAACCAAACCAUGAAGUUAGGACAUCAACAACAACACCUCAGCUAGGUUUUAAUUCUGAGCAGAAAGAAACUCUCAACAAGCAGCAGGAUGGUGCAUCAGAGCAAACGGUGGCAAUCAUGACCACACUUCCUGCUCAGCCUCUUGAGACCCCUAACCUGGCUUUCACCGGCCCUAUGGCAGAUGAAUCUUAUAGUAAAAUCCUGGAUGUGAACCAGCUGAGCCCCAGCAGUGCCCCUUUGGAGGAGAACAAACGUGACAUAAACACACAACCCAACCUAGAUAAAAUUUUAGCCCCUGGCUACAAUGUGCCUUUCAUCGCCCCCCACCCUACAUCCCCUUCAUCUGAACCCACUAAACAAAAAAACCCCCACCCAAAAAAAAAAAAAAAUAUCGAGUUAAUGGGGAAGUACCACUGUAUUGCUUACCCCGGAGUGCCCUCUGACUCGUAUGAUCUGGAGGACUAUACAGAAAGCUAUGACACAUCUUUCCCCUCCAGAGUAGGCAUAUUCCCUUCGUCCUUGAAUCCUCUUCACAUCUCCCCUUCUCCCAGCCUCACGACAGCACACAGCACCCUUGUUCCACUUAAAUCAAUUCAUCCUUUAUCUUCAUCCUCUACAGUUCACUAUACACUGGACCCUAGUACCACAGCUAACAGCGAUUUACCCGACGCAUCAGACAUAGAUUGGCCAGACACUUUCACGAUUCAACCGACGGAUGUUCUCCUACCUGACAUGAACAGCCUGGAGUAUUACAACACUCAGUUGACCAAGGAGAACAGCAGUUCAGACACUGGAGCCGAACACAGAGGGAACGUUACCGUAGUGUCCAUCAGUUCUACAGACAUCACACCCACCACCGAAUUGACUGAGGAGGAGUACUCCAGUGAUAUUUCAGGGUUUGAGCCCCAAGAUGAAUCAACCCCAGUGGUAACCACAGAGGAGAGUCCUCGGCUGGUUAAUGCCUCUGAGCCUUUUCUGGAUCCUUCCAUAGUCCCAACCCACUUCUUUGAUCCCUCUUCUUCUAUCUGGGGUGGUCAGGUGUCCACCCCACAUUGGUCUGCACAUUCUCUAACUGUUGCCCUGGAUAGCACCGUGUUAGCAGAAGCUAUGCUACCCAGUGCCACACCUUUGCUGCCAGAUGAUGUAAUGUCUUCCUCCUCUCUGACAGAUGUCCAUUGGUUUGUUGAGUCAUUCCCAUCAAGCACCAUACACACCACUCCUGUCUUAACCGCAACCAUAGCCUUCUCCCCUGUUCCCACUGAACCCGCUGCCAACACCACGGCUGGCACAACAGAAUUAACUCCUCGAGACUCUACUUUUACAACUGAACAAACCCUCAAUAUCACUGUAUUUUCCACUGAACCCACAAAGAAUGUCACUGUGGGCCCUCCGGCCGUAAUGGGUGAUCAGGGGGUGAUUGAAGAUGGAGUUGACAUCCCAGCCACAAUGACCUUGAUCCCAACUAGCAGUGAAGCUAAUACAGUCUCUGCUGUACCCACAACUACAGCUGCCACAACUACUUCUUAUCAAGCCACAACUACUACUACUGCCACCACUGAAGCCUCAACUAGUGUUAGAAUCAACUCUACUGCCAGUGAAAAGACCACAACUACAGCACCAACGGCAAGGCAGUACCUCUGCAACCUAAACAGGCGUGCUUAUUUAGUAAAAGUUGGUUUUCCAUCCGGUGCCACUGUUGGAUAUGCCAAAUCUCAAGUGAGAGACAUACUGAAAGGGGAAUUCAACAAAUCUGUGGAACUGCAGGUUGUGGACCCCCCACCAAAGUUUGUGUUUCGGGUGAUGUCUGGUCCAGUUGUGUACACGGCCAUAUCUGUCAUCAAUGCUCUGCGAAGGUCUGGGCGCCGCUUCCUGUCUGUGUCUCCCAACUGGACAACACCUGACAGUAAAUAUCAAGUCCACACAGUGCUGCAGUUUGUUCCCAGUCACAUAGAUGUGCGGUUCUGCAACUUCAGUGAGAGCAUUGAGAAAGGUUUGACCAUGGCCUUUGCAGAAGUGCGUCGGCGCUCCAAGGAGUCAACCAACUUCACAGUGCAUAUUGUAAACAUCACCAUGGCGGCUCCUAAAUAUCAGGAACAGCGGCUAGUGAGGCAGCCAGUGGACGUGACCUUCACUGUGCGCGGUUCAAGGGGUUAUCUGAUGGGGUCAGCGGUCAGCGAUGCUCUGAUGAAGCUCACAAUGGUGGAAUUCAGCUAUUACAUGGGCUUUCCUGUACUGCAGAUUGCUGAGCCUUUCCAUUACCCAGAGUUGAACACCAGCCAUUUGCUUCGCUUCUCCUGGGUUAGAACAGUGCUCCUGGGUGUGCUGGACCAGACAGUGAAUGAGAGGACCUUUCAAGCCAACAUGGAGCGCCGUGUGGCCAUGUUACUCGGGGAGGCAACGGGAUUAGUCAGACGUGUUAAGAGAGCCACCCUUAUAGGCAACAGCAGUGUUCAGGUUGUAAGUACGAGCCGGUUGGUGGGUGCGGACCAUCCCUUGGAGAUAGUGUACUUUGUGGAGGGUCCCAGUGGUCAGAGGAUGCCUGCAGUUCAAACUGCCAACACACUCAACAGCCUAAACGUUCAAAGGGCUGCUAUCGUCUUGGGAUAUCGUGUCCAGGGCAUUUUGGCACAGCCUGUAGAGAGGGUGGCGUCCUCACCCUCUGACGCCGAGAACACCAACACGUGGAUUGUCAUUGGGGUUGUGAUUCCCCUCUUUGUGGUCAUCAUCAUCAUUUCCAUCCUGUACUGGAAACUGUGUCGGACAGACAAGCUGGAGUUCCAGCCAGACGCCAUGACCUCCAUCCAGCAGCGACAGAAGUCUACUACCUCAUUCAGACAAUCAAGGACCUCUCUUCACCACACACUCCCUCCAACUAAAAAGGAUAUAGAGUUUAGUGAGGAGGAGGAGGAGGAGGAAGAAGAGGAAUAUGAAGAAGAAGAAGAGGAGGAGGAGGAGGAGGAGGAGAAGGAGGUUAAAAGAGGGAAGAUACCAGUAGCUCUCUCUAAGAGCAAACAGACUAUGAGCAGUGAGGAGGAAGAAGAAGAAGAAGAGGAGGAGGAGGAAGAAGAAGAAGAAGAAGAAGAAGAAGAAGAAGAAGAGGAAGAAGAGGAGGAGAAAGAAGAUAAAGAUGAGGAAAAGAAGAAAUUGAAAAAGGAAGUUCAACCAGACGAGCAAAUGAGACUAGAGAGCAAAACAAUGAUGAUGAAAACAGGAGAGAUGAAGAAAGAAGACAAGUUGAAAGUGUUAACUAAAGGGAGGAGAACCAAGGAGCAGUUGCAGGCUCCGAGUGUGAAAGGCUUUGACUUUGCCAAGCUGCACCUUGGCCAGCAGAGUAAGGAUGAUGUCAUGGUGAUCCAGGAGCCUGCCCCACCAGGGCCUGGCCCUGGGCCCCUUCCCCUCUCCCUUAAAGAUGGUUUCAGUCUAUCUGAGAACGGGGAGAUCCCCACACCCAAAUCCAAAACCUCCACCAAGGCGUCCCGUAGCGGUCGAAGGCGAGAAAGGAUCUCGCCGUCUGACGGUGACUCUGUGGUAAGUGACCGUUCCAGUGAGCGGGAACCAACCGAGGAGAACCUGAGAGCCCACGCCACGCCCAGCGACAGCAAGCAGAGCCGUAAGGUCCCCAUCAAUGUUUUAAAUGGCAAGAAUAGAAUUGGUCCUCCUCCUAUGAAUGGUACAAACGAGCAGCUGUCCUCAGCCUCCAUCUUUGAACACGUUGAUCGGAUUUCUCGUGCCGCAGAUGCAAGCAGGAGACUCCCCAACAAAAUCCAACUUAUCGCCAUGCAGCCUAUGCCUGUCCCACCACUGCACAGCCCACCCAUUAACGGCAAAGUGUCUGACACCAACCAAAUCAACAAAGAGAUCCAGGUAGCAUUGAGGCACAAGUCCGAGAUUGAGCAUCAUCGUAACAAGAUACGUCUCCGUGCCAAGAGGAAAGGCCACUACGACUUCCCUUCCAUGGAUGACAUGACGAGUGGCCUCGGAGAUGCGAAGGACCAGGAUCGCAUCUAUCAGAAAGCACAGAUACAGAUCGAUAAGAUCCUGGACCCGGAUGCCGAGAUGUCCUCCAUCUUCAUGGAGUCCAAGAAAAGUGGGCGAGGUAGGCGCUCUCCCAAACAGAGGAUGAAGGACCAGCUGAACGGAGGCAUGAUGGAAGCAGACAAAGACCACCUCAUCACUGAAGACAGUGAUGCUGUUUACAGGAAGUGUCCUGGAGUCAACAAUGUGGCCUACGUAUCGGACCCUGACCAAGGCCCAGGAUCCCCUCACAGGAGCCCCUCCCCCACCGACGACGUCUUCCUGGGUCCCGCUUCCUCUCCUCCAGGCCACGCCCCUCCCCCACCCCCUUACAUGCCUCCACAGCCCUCCAUUGAGGAGGCGCGGCAGCAGAUGCACUCCCUGCUGGACGAUGCCUUUGCCCUGGUGUCGCCCACCUCUCAAGGCAGCACAGCAGGGAUCACUCUCCCUGGGGUCAACACCAACCCCCCUAUCUCCAGCCCUCCAGGCCGUGGCCCCAGAUCUUGGGGUCCUUCCUACCAAUCUCUUGGCCCUUUCCCUGGCAGGUUCACCGAGCUGUCCCCUCCUCCUGCCCAAGGCCUGAUACCAAGGCAGGGCCUCGGCUCGAGCUUCCUGCCACCAGGAGAAACAGCGGGGCAAUGUGAGCCAGACAGCCUGUACUCCAGCAGGGGCCUCUACGCUGAUGAGCUGCCCUCCUCUGCCAGACCGCGGCCAGUAGGGGGAACUACAGGUGCCCAGCUUCAUCAUCUUACACAGGUGGGAUUGUCCAGCCGGAUGAAUGGUUACCCAGCAGGCAUCAGGGCUGCUCCAGGGCAGAACGGAGGCAUUGGAUGGAACCACUAUCACGGUGACAAUUUCUCCAGGGCAGAUCCUGAAAAAGAUGCCUUCCUGGACUGUCCUGACUACUCGUCCUUCUCUAUCUUCCAGACGCCCAGAGGUGGUAUCAGGGAGCCUUCGGCACCCCCUGUCCACCUAGACACCCCAGGGGUGGGCUAUCUGUCAGCCCCACCUCCCCUGGAUACAUCUCCUCCUACCCACUCGUCUGCCUCCCUGAUCAAGGCCAUCAGGGAGGAGCUGUUGCGUCUCUCCCAGAAACAGGCAGCUGUGCCCAGCUACCACAGCUGAAGCCCCGGCCUCCCGUCUGUUGCUCUAACCAGUCACGCCACUGACCGCCUGCCUGCCUGCCUGCCUGCCUGCCUGCUUCGCCUAAUCUGACAUUACUUCCCAUGGAAGUCCCCGAGGGUGUACAGCAGAGAGAUAGUCCUGCUGAACUGAAGUGAAGAGGUGGCUAAUAGAGAUUUUGUUUUUUUUACCUGAAGAGGCUGAACUACUGAAUGACAGGAUGGUCGUUACAGCUCCUAGACUAUUAAGAGUACAGAAACCAGAUCAGCUGCAGUAUGUCAAAUCAGAGACAGUGUUAUGAAAUGAAGAACAAUAAUAACAGUAUACGCUGGACCUUUUUAAAGAUGAGAUGACGUGACAUGAUGCGUCUGUCCUGCACUUUGAUUGUGGAUUGGGGAAUGAUCAUGCCAAGUCCUGGCCGCUGCGGAUCCACGUCCGGGAGUUAUUUGAGAUUUCUCCGCAUUUCUUCCAUCUCCGUAUUCCGUAUCACAGUUUCAUUCUCACGCUGCCUUCACUGAACAGGAAUACCCCCCCCCCGCUAAGACACAUGUCAUUUUAAGAAAUGUCUUAUGUUUUCUUAACAUUGUUUAAACUACCAUACAGGUAUUUUUCUUGUUUUGCGAUGCAGGCCCUAAACCUCUUCAUCACCAUCAGGUGCUACUUCAUGUUUUCUGCCAUGAUGAGCCAUGCUAUGCCUUGACACUGUGAUGUCGUUCACCUGACCCAGUAUACUGUACCAGCCUCCAGCAAGGUCAAAGUUCACAGCCAGCGAGUCAGUUCGGACAGUAGACGCAAAGGGGGGCCCCCGUAGAGGCUAAUAUCACUCAUUAACAUCACCUAGUCUUUCCACAAUUACUGCAGUAGAACAAUUAGUCUGAGUUGAUAUUUGUUUGUGGACAAUUUGCAUUUACGUCCCGUGUUUUUACUGUAUUUAUGUUGAGUAGCUAACAGACGGCUAGACAAACAGGAAAAUAAUGGCCUUGAAAUGACAGUAAUCUUCAACCGUGACCUGAGAGGCAGGUGUUAGAGCCACAGGCACAAUAGUUACAUAGUUACAAAGUUACAUAGAACGACUGAAGACUUUCGGUACGUACUUGACAAUUAGGGUGUAUUGUAUUUGGUUGUAGUUUGAUGCACUGUAUGCAGGCUACUUGGUACAGCUCAGGUCAUUCAAAAAGAGAUUCCUCACGGACAAAUCAUGUGAUGAGACAGUGUGAUGGGUCACGUGGAAGAACUGUUAACGAGGGAAAGUCAUAGAGACCAGUAUUCUGUUUUAACACCAACCUGUAUUUACUACAUAGUGAACCACCACCUCUGUUGCAGUAUUCAACGGAUUCUUUGCCUUUUUGUUAGCACAGAAGGGAGGGAAAAAAAAGUGUACUGUAUUUGUUGUCAUUUAUGGUUUACUUCAAGUCAUGUUUAUGUGCUUUUUAAAAUUUUUGGAUUUACCUUGCCUCAUGUUCUUUUGUUCACCUUAAAUGUCUCUUUAGUCAUCAUACUGGUUGGACAUCAUUUUAGGUUACUUUUUUUUUUUUUUUUUUUUUUUUAACAUGACCCUCCCCCGACAUGUUGUGAUAUUUUGGGGCCUGAAGUGAUAUUUUAUUUAAAUGAAAUAAAAGAGAAAAAUUAUGGAUUUUAAAAGCAGGGCUUGAGAAUAUGUUUCGGAGUGUGUUCCAGUAGUAUGUGGUGGAUUUUUAUUAACCUUUUGGCAGCGAGUUGAAACAUUCUGCCGAUGUUACCAGAGCAUACUUUCCCAUUCCUUUUCAUUUGCAAUGUGACGUGCCUUUUGGACUCACCUGAACAGGAUGGAAGUACUCUGGAUGACAGACGUUCUCUAUGUGUCUUGUUUUACUGUCACUCAUUCUGUCACAUUACAACGAUAGUUCUAUAAAAACCAUUAUGGCUGUUGAUCUGUUGGUGCUUCUGGGAGCACCAGGAUGAAAUUUCAUCCAGGUAACUGUUAUCAAACAUUGUCAUUGUUGUCAUUUGAUAUGCAGGCUUGAUGGGUUAGUGUCUGGUUUUCCAUAUCACCUCUUGUGUUCAUGUUUUGUGUUACCAUUCUCACACUGUAUGCCUCCACCUGCUGGUUCUGUACUGGAACAACAGCCCAUCCACCUGUUUUCAUCUUCAGUUCCUUUUUUUAUAGUUUCUUUUGUUGGUGUUUUUUUUUUCCCCCCAUUUCUAUGUCUUGUAUUUUGUGAAAAUGAUCUGUUGGCUGGCCCAACUUUAUGUGUGAUCAAUUGUUGCAUGUUUAAUUAUUGUAUUUCUUUAGUUUGUUUUUGUGCAUGCUGUUUUCUUGAAUUCUUGAAAUUCUUGAAAUACAAAAGAAACUGUCA